AUGGGUGGAGUUGCUCUUAUACCUUCAAAUCUCUGCAUGAGUAGCCCGCAACUGAAAGGUGGUGGUGUAUGUGGGUUCAACAGCUUAUGUCAACAUGACCAAGGACAGUCAAUCUGCAAGUGUCCAUCUGGUUAUACCUUGAUGGAUCCAUAUGAUGUGUUGAAAGGCUGCAAACAGAACUUUGCUCACAAAGCUGUGAUGAGGCCUCAGCAGAGACCGAUCUUUUCUAUCUUCAAGAGAUGA